UUGAUCCUUCUAUACCGGUCCUCCCCCCGCCAGUAGACCCUGCCUCUAGGUCAUGGCUGCUCUAGUCCAAUGAAGCAAAGAGAGCUCAUGCACUCCAUUGACCUAGAAUACACCAGAUCAACCAUGUUUCUUCCUUGGAAGGGCCCAUUCAUCGUCAUCGAGCGCUCCCGAACAGGUUGUAACCGGCCGUUCAAGAAUGGAAUCAGUCAGAGCAUUUUAGCUUUCAGUGCAGGUUGUCCAAACCAGGGAAAGAUAUUUGAAUGGUUCACUCUGCUAAUGACGGUAACAAAUGGAUUCACUCUCAUCAAGGUCGUCAUAAACGCAAUUCUCAUUGCUCCAUUUAGCCUCGAAAGAGCAACCAUAAAGACGUUGUUACUUUGCCCGUCGCUGUCAUUGUUCUGUUUGUCUUGAAGGGGGGAAAGUUUCAGUUUCACACAAUAUUGAGUCUUGAAAAAGGAUGUCCCAUUGGAAACAAUGAUUCUCGACAAGGCCAAGCGAUAUUCAAGCCGGCGUGGUAUCUCCCCAUCAUCCUCCCCAUCCAACUCACAACCAAGGGGUACAAGGACAACCUCACUACGUACUACAGAGUUGUCGCCGCCAUCUGAGCAUUAAAAGCAAGCUGGUAGCUAGAUCUCCCGUAAGGUUCACGGGACUGUUUUUCAAAGGCCCUUCUUUGCCUUUGAAACGAGCGGCUUUGCUGGAAGUUGAGUUCCAAAGCCAUCCGGUUGUGGUUUGCGGUUUGAGAAGAAGUGCUUGCCAUUGAAUCCGAAGCAACAGCAUUGGGGUCGGCUGGGAGCGACAUCCUUGCUAGUAGCAGGCUUUAACUUGAAGGAGCACGCACCGAACGAGGAAAAGCGUUUGCAGUGAGGGCUUUCCCUGAGGAAUCUCAACUGUCCCGCCGUGUUCUCGCGGCGUUGGAGGUACCGUACCGUACCGUACCGCUGUGAAGAAACCUGCAAUGUCAGCUACAACCACAAUGGCACCAAUUGGAUGAUGGUACCGGUUCGGUCAAGGUUGCUGUUGUUGGACUGCUGCCUGGCUGCGGUAGCUAGCUGUCAAAGGAGCUGAUGAGCUUGCUGCGGCCCGCAGCCACCACUCGGGUCUGCUGGGUUGUACCGUACGUGCUGGUUAUUCAGCACCAAUCCGCCGACCAUUGCCAGGAUUGCCCGAGGGGUUCUAGCUAGCUCACACCUGGGCCUGAAACCUGGGCGUCUCUUCUUCUUACCUUGCAACCGCAAGAGUAGAGAAAUCUCAAGCGGCUCGUUCAUGGUUCCGGAUCAAACAUCUCACAGUAAAACAGUAGGAAUAGGCGAAGCAAGCGGGUCCGUGUUCUAGUCGUACUAGGACAGAUAUCACGUUCUCGUUUCUUCCAGUCAAACAUGGGUUGUUGGUGCUUCUUACGCGUUGGAAUGAAUUCAAAUGCAGCAAAAAGUGUGAGUGUCUUACUGGGUUUGACAAAGUCAACCCGAGUUCUGCUGCCUCGUGCCGACAAUGCAGAUAAUUCAGUGUUAUGUGGCGACCGCCAGCUACCGGUACCUAGCAGCUCCGUAGUACCGUACCCAUCAAAGACGAAUAAAUAGCAUAGACUCUUCAUGCAAUCGCCCAUUUUACGUUUUACGAAUAAGUCUAAACCCUCAAAGUUUGGUGCAUUCGUGCUUGGAGUUGAGCCAGUGUUAUCUCCCACCUCUUCAAAACCCGACAUCACAAAGUCUGUUGCAUCGCCUUGUUAUUUUCUCUAGCUAGUAGUUUUGAUUUGGUUCUUGUUGCCACUUGUUAUCUCGGUUAUCUCGAUCGUUCCUAUGCCUAACCAAGUCCGAACUUGGGAGGAAAACUAUGCCCAAUUGGUUGCAUACAAGAAGGAGCGCGGUGAUUGCAUGGUACCCCUGCGAUACGCACAGGAUAAAAUAUUGGGAAAAUGGGUGUCCACGCAGCGAGAAAGUCGCUAUGUGCUGAAACCAGAACGAAAGGAGCUUCUGGAUUCGAUUGGAUUUGAAUGGCAUCCACGCCAACGUCGUUCCGAUGACAAGUGGAAUGGUAUGUUUAAACGGUUGUUGGAAUACCGAGAAAAGAAUGACCUUGCAACUGUUUUCAGUGCCAACAAAGAAGACCCAGAACUGGUCAAAUGGUGUUGCAACCAGAGAGAGUACUCAGGAAGAGGACUGCUAAAUGAAGAACGCUACAACCGUCUGCGCGAUGUUGGAUUUCCAGUAAGACCACUGCAAAAAAGUGUUCAAGCCAAGCGUGAGCAAGAUCAACAACAAAUUGCUCCACCAGAAGGCAAUAUUAGCAAUGCCAGCACAGACUCCAACCAAAAGGCAAAGAAGAAAAAAAUCAAAAAGAUGAAUUUAUCUCCAGCAGUCCUGGACGUCAAUAAGACUGCUGCCACCAAGAUUAGUCGAUUUUUGACCGAGGAGAAUGAACAGGAUGAGGAGGAUGCAACGACAACACCACCCACACCAUCUCCAGCUCCAACCAUUGUGCCUUCCGCGGAUUUGAUAGCCACUACAUCAGGCUCUGGCACGGCCAGACGUCGUAGUUGGCUGGAGAGCUACGCUGCCCUGGCUGGAUUCAAGGGCCAGCACGGUCACUGCCGCGUACCUAUCCAGUACAAGCAGGACAAACAACUUGGGAUCUGGGUGGGGGAACAAAAGAAGAAAAAGUUCCUCAUGAGCGACGAGCGCCGCGAAAAACUGGAGGAACUCGGUUUUACCUGGGCAAAUCCACGAGGCAAGCAAUGGUCUGUCAUGUUUGAGAAGCUCAGGGAGUACCGCGAGGAGCAUCCCCAGAACUUCAAGCCCAAGAAUUUCAACUUGAGAAAGUGGCUGGAAUCCCAGCGUCAUGCCAUCUUGGACGGAAGUCUGUCUCGAGAGUGCGCUGACAAACUGCGGUCCAUUGGCUAUGACUUUUCAGACGAGAUAAAGACAUUGGAUUCGCAAGACAGCAUGACCGAGUCUGAGGGGGGAGAAGGAGAAGAAGAAGAUAGCUCCAUCGAGGCAAUCAGUAGCACUGAAGACUCCCAGUCAAUUAUGCCACCCAAGAAAAAGAGACAGGUUUCGGUCCUUUCCGAACCAGGCACGGCUCCCGACGCUGUGGCCGAAGAUACUCCAAUGGGGGAUGUGGCUGAGAGCCUUCUUUCUCUUUCUGCUCCUGGUGGUAGCAAACCUCCAUCACGCAAAAACAGUGACGACGCCACCAAAAGCACUCCGCCCAAGAAGAAGCAGAAAACGUCGCCGAGUCUCAUCGAGCACCAGUUCCUUCCUCCGCCUCCUCCAGAGUUGCCUGUUGUCCCACCCACCGAAGACAAAGCAGCCGAUACAGCCAAGCGUCAACACUACAAUACUAGAGGCGUGGGUUUGUUCAUGGGAACAGACGCUGCAGCGUCCAUGGCUCGUGGGGGCAUGUCGUCGUCGGCCCACGGAGGUGCCUUGGCCGCAAAUAAUGUGCUUCCAGUGGAGCAAAUGCUGGCGCUUCAACAAGGGCGCGCGACAGGCCGCAUGGGCAUCAACAAUGCUAACAUCAACAAUGCUAGUGCCAUGAUGACACAGCAGCUGCAGCAGCAGCAUCCAUGGCAGCAGCACCGGGGACCACAACAACCGGUGCAUCCUCCUCCUCCAACAAAGUCAGAACUGGAUGACUUGCAAUUGGCAGAUUUGUACCUUCUUUUGGUGAAGGAGAUUGGACCCCAUCGACGCUAGUUUGAUACGGUACCAACACAUUCAUAAAGCUGGCAACUGGAUCACUCGCUGGAACGACAAGAAUUCCGCAUAUUCACAAUCAUAACAAUAUCAUAAUAUCAUAAGAACAACCAAACUAC